UCAACGUCAAACACGAGUAGUCAAGACACGAUACUGUUUAUUCCUGUGUAUAUCACACAGGAAACAUUUGAUAAUUCUGGCACUCCGGUAAAAUCAACAAGAAAAGGUUGAUGAUUAUUUACUAGUGUAGAAUUGCAAAAUUAAACAUGAAAGUCUUUGGAUUUAGUUUAGUGCUGCUAGUUAACUUAUUGUUGGGAAGUGUGUGUGUGGAUGCUGGAAGAGAUUUCUAUCAAAUAUUGGGACUCUCUCGGAGUGCCAGUACCCAUGCAAUCAAGAAAGCAUAUCGAAGACUUGCUAAGGAGUAUCAUCCGGACAAGAAUAAAGAUGAUCCUGAUGCUUCCCAGAAAUUUCAGGAUCUCUCAGCUGCUUAUGAGGCACUCUCAGAUCCUGACAAACGAGAUUUGUAUGACAAGGGUGGUGAAGAGGCCUUGAAGAAAGAUGGAAUGAUGAACAAUGCCGAUCCAUUCGCCAGCUUCUUCGGUGACUUUGGCUUCCACUUCGGCGGCGAAUCCCAACAGCAACACGAGACACCACAAGGAUCCAAUGUUGUCAUGGAUCUGUUUGUGUCGCUUGAAGAAUUGUACAGUGGUAGUUUCGUAGAGAUAACUAGGAAUAAACUAGUGAUAAAAGCCGCUAAAGGCACUAGAAAAUGCAAUUGUAGACAAGAAUUAGUGACUCGUAAUCUAGGAAAUGGAAGAUUCCAAAUGAUUCAACAAGCAGUGUGUUCUGAAUGUCCAAACGUCAAAUUAGUUAAUGAAGAGAGAAUUCUUGAGGUCGAGGUGGAACCUGGAAUGGUUGACGGUCAGGAGACUAAAUUCGUAGCUGAAGGAGAGCCGCAUAUUGACGGUGACCCCGGAGAUUUGAUCGUCAGAAUACGUACACAGCCUCAUCCAGUUUUUGAGCGAUUGGGCGACGAUUUGUAUACCAAUAUCACGAUAUCCCUCCAAGAUGCUCUUAUCGGCUUUACAUUAGACAUAAUUCAUCUAGACGGCCACAAAGUCACGAUUAUCAGAGACAAGGUAACAAAGCCUGGAGCGAGAAUGCGGAAGAAGGGAGAAGGAAUGCCUAAUUACGAUGAUAAUAAUCUUCAUGGUACCCUGUACAUCACCUUCGACGUUGCAUUCCCUGAAAAAGAUUUCUCUGCUGAAGAGAAAGAAGCUAUCAAGGAACUUCUACAGCAGCCCUCAGUGCAUAGGAUACACAAUGGAAUCUGAGGUCCAUUGAUCUCCAUUGAUUAGAGAUGAAUUUCAUCGAUAAAAUACAUAAAGUGAGCCACGUGAUUGAAUAACCAGUGGAAUGGAAGACACUCAGUUACUUUUGUAUAUUUGUCUUUGGAAAUAAAAAGGCGACAUGUGUUCUGCAUCAUUUCCAAGAGAACCAACUACAUCGAUAAUAUAUAUUUAAAUAAAAGGUAAUUUAAAAAAACCAA